CUUACACACUACAACGUAUUCGCAGCUUCCUGGUUGGCAUUCAACACAACCUGCCAUUUUACAGGCUCUCUGACAUACUGACAAGAUCUUUUAGUGUCGUGUGCUUCGUGUUCAUUCUCCCCUGAUUGAAUUUUAAGAAACCAUGAACAAAAAUAUGCCUCGCCAAAGGACGAAACUUUCAAUAGAAGCUUCGCUUGUGUGAGUGGAGUACUGCAUCUGAGCUGUUUGGUACGCCGUUCUGAAGUCAAUGUCUUUGGGUAUGGCGAAAAGUCUGUCGCGUAGGUGUCUCCAUUAAGACAAGACUUUGUGAGAUCGGGUUUCCUUCCAGAAGCCAUCUUUAUUCAUUCUGGAAUCGAGCACAUAAUAUUAUGUCAUAGAGCGCUAUUGCACAAGGUGAAUAUUAUGCUCUUGGGUGUAUGCGCUGUUUUAAGUGUAGAAGAGGCCGGUCUCGACUGUCUACUAAAGUCGAUGAUAUUUGUUUUCUUUAAAAUAAUUACGGACGAAUUAUAGGUUGUUGUUUUUUUCAUCAAGAGAAUUUAUCUGUCCCAUGUGACAGCAAACUACACGUGUUGCGUUCAUGUAUUGUUUUCUGUGUUCCAGGAUGCUGAUGUUUAGAGAUUGAGAAAACAACGACAGCGCUAAGAGUGUUUUGAUAAUUUGCCUACCAUCUCACCAUGGUUGGGUUUUUUUUCUCAGUCCACCAAGUAUUAGAUAGAAAGGAGAUGAAGAUAGUGUUCUUAUUGACAUGGUGAAGAUAAUCACGGCUUUAAAAUAGAUCUAGUCUCACAACAUGUAUGGUGACACUUGACAUUUGUUGUCCCCCCCCCUCCCCCCUCUUAGAUUAUUUGUUUUUUUGUUUAGCCGUUUAUGUGAUACCUCUCAACACGUCGGUACAAAGCAGCGGAAGUGACACUUCCUAGUCAAGAGUAGAGCAGAGGAGAGGAGAGGAGAGGAGAGUAGAGUAGAGUAGAAGACAACAGGGCGUGAGCGGUGAUGACAGUGACCUCUAUUGUGCUCAUCACUUGAGCAGGCAAUGUUGGCUGUGCGACUUGUGGCGGGGAUCUUCUUCUGUCCCCGUUAGUGAACGAUGUAGACCUAGAUCUAGUGAUCCACGCGAGACAUAAAGAGAAAACAAAGCUAAGCAGCGAUGAACACGAGACGAUAAUCAGCAUCUUAUGUCUUAUUUUAUUUAUUUAUUUUUUGUUUGUUUGGAUGUAACGACGUACCAAAAGUUACCGAAAGCGAGGAACCCCAAGUAAGGAAAACAUAACAGCAGCAUUUACACAAAAGCUCAAAAAGGAUAUUUUAAAACUACAGAUCGUCACCUCCCGGCAUCAGAUGCAAUUACGCGUCAGUUUAUGCUGAAGAAAAAAAAGUCACGUGGUUGGGACAACAAAAGAGACAACGGCUUUCAAGAUGGAUUUCCACACUUCGCCAUAUCGAUUCUAUUUCAUCGUCUUCAUUGUGGUGUUUACUAUAAUUUCUUCUCCUGUAUCGAGUCGAGUGUUGAUGACGACAGAGUCAGGCACACAAAGUCUGGCGGUCACUUCUGAGCAGCCGGAUUACCUGAGGAUUGUGGGUCUGGCCUGCACGUCUAUAUAUCUGGAGCCAGGCCUGCAACUUGUCUGCGACAGCUCCAUGCCAGCCAUGUGGCAUUACCGGGGCUUCCGAUGGUCUCAGUCAGUUGAGACGUCCCCAAAUCAGAGCGAGUGAAACCUUCCCCCACCACGACGCUCCCAACGCCACCCGUUUAUCACGACGAUCCGGAGGAUACGUAUUAUUAUUAUUAUCACUCUCAAGAUGAUGAAGACGACGAGGACGAUGCCAUGUACACACCCGAUGAUGAUGAAGAUGAUAACGUGUUCUCGGACCAUGACUUGUCAGAUGACACAGACACACACACGGACACACACACGGACACACACACGGACACCCACACAGACACACGCACAGUCAAACCCACAGACACACACACAGACAUGCACACAAACGGCACCCCUGAGACAGAUCCAACGGAGUCGAGCACUACGCAGGAAGUGAAACCUACUGUAAGGAGAAAAGUAAACGAUACUUUUUCCCAAGUUCGCCGUGGUCCAGGCGGAGCCAAAAGUCCACUCCAUUCCCAUCCAAGUGGUCGUCGUGUCCAGCGUAGUCCCCGCCUGUGCCAUUGCCGCGCUUUUUGCCCUGUUCCUCUGGAGGAGACAGUGCCGGAAACAGACGGCGAUAUCACGUGACCGGACCGGACUGAAUUUGGACCAGGUGCUGACCCCGCUGAGGUCUGACAUAGACUACGCGGGUUAUGCCCCUUACAUGAGCUCCUCACUGUCCAGGAUGAGUCAUCACGCUCUCACUGACCAGAGCCCUCGCCGCCUCGUCGAUGCCACGCCCACUGCUGACGUCACCCAGUCAUGUGAUCGUUGGGAGUUCCCCCUGGAGCAGCUGAGCUUCGGAGCCAAGCUGGGUGAGGGAGCGUUUGGCUGCGUCCUUCAAGCCCAGGCGUCUGGUAUCUGCCGCUGUUCUGACAUGACCACCGUGGCUGUCAAGAUUGCCAGAGGAGAACUUUACGUCAUCGUGGAGUACUGUCGCUAUGGCAACCUAAGAGAUUACGUGCGUGCCCAUGCGCAAGACAUCCAGCUGCUAUUAAUAGACGAAGAGACCGCCUCUAGCACAUUACGUCAUAAGGGGCAUGUCUCCCACAUGGACGCUGACAACAUGUCGCUCUCUUCCGGACACGACGAAUGUGGAGGCAAGUUGCUGGACUCAUCCAGAGCUGACUAUGUGAAUGGACGGCGCCUCAAGGCGAAGACCCAUACCCCGGCGUAGACCCAACUCAUAUCGUGGCCUACUUAAGGAACGGAAAACGACUCGACUCACCCCGGCUGGCCCCUUAUGAAAUGUGUGAGAUUAUGCACGAUACCUGGAAGCAUAAGCCGUCCGAGCGACCCACGUUCCCACAGUUGGCGAAACGGCUGGAGAGUUUGCUGGACUGCUGUGUGCAACACUAUCUCAGAGAUGUUGAUGUACAGCACAGAAGCGAGCAAACAGCCACGAAGACCCCAACCUUUCCCGCCAACAGCUGCAACAGCGACGAGUGCUGCCAAAGCCUGGGAACAGAGUUUCCCAGCAACUCGGGCAGACGAAAGGAAGCGGAAGUUGACUCCAAGAUCGGCAGCCAUCUUGGUUUACCACACGGGGAAGAGUGCCGCCGUCUGUCCACUCAUUCAAGGGCAGAUAACGCUUACCUUACUAUGAAGAAAAAAUUGUCGGCUGCUGUCGCUAAUGCUGUGAGUUCAGCAGACGGCAAUGGUCACUGCUGUGUGGAGGAUCUCCAGGUGAGGUUAAAAGAAGACCCGGCCGGUUGCAAACUUAGCGGCCAGGGCUCACUGACUACGACAGGUGAAAGUGAAACGGAGAACAAAACACAGAACUUACUGUCCGUCUCCGGCAGAGACGGAAAAGAAACGGGUUACCGGAACAUGUUCGUUGGGAGGGGGGCAUCUUCCAAUUCAUCUGUCGCGGUUUCACAACAAGAUCUUCUCACCCCCUCUGAUAGGGCGCACACGACUACCGAUGACGACAUCAAACAGUGGGAGAGAAAAGCAUUGAAUGAUGAUGUCACGAAAUCGGAGACGUGCGAGGGGAACACGGCUGAUCAUGACGGCGCUGAAUUACAGAAGUGUAGGCCUAAGGGAGGUCAUUCACCAAAAGGCUGUCCACCUUCCACAAAUACUCUGGCUUCUCUCCCUUGCCGAGGCGAUCAGGUUGGUGACGUCACGGGACCCGGAAGUAACCCGCAGAGUCCCAGUUUCAGUAACUGUACAUACUUCAGUGGAGACUUUCCCCUUCCCGAAGCGUUGUGAAAAGAGAUUUUCACGUCAUGUUUUUUGUUGUUGUAAAUAAUGUACAUAAAAUGAAAAAAACAUAAAAAAUCAAACAAACAACAA